GUGGCGUCACUUCCGGCGGGCUCAGCUGCGAGCACGGCAACAUGGCGCUGAACGGCUCUGGUGAGGGCUUGGGCUGCUCGGGCCGUGGUGCUGGGAUGCGGGAGGCAGCCGUGUCGUCCGUGACGCCGCUCCCUGUGCGUCUUUCCCCAGAAGUCGAUGAUUUCUCCUGGGAGCCCCCGACCGAGGCCGAGACGAAGGUGCUGCAGGCGCGACGGGAGCGGCAGGAUCGCAUCUCCCGGCUAAUGGGCGACUACCUGCUCCGCGGGUACCGCAUGCUGGGCGACACGUGCGCCGACUGCGGGACGAUCCUCCUGCAGGAUAAACAGCGGAAAAUCUACUGCGUGGCUUGUCAGGAGCUCGACUCCGACGUGGAUAAAGAUAAUCCGGCUCUGAAUGCGCAGGCUGCCCUCUCUCAAGCUCGGGAACACCAGCUUGCCUCUGGCACAGAGCUCCCCUCGGCCCCUCGGCCUACACCUCAGCCCCCAGUACCGCGCCCAGAGCACUGUGAGGGAGCUGCAGCUGGGCUCAAGGCAGUCCAGGCACCACCCCCUCCGGCUGCACCUCCAAAUGCAGAUGUGGUGGCUUGCACGCAGACAGCCCUCCUGCAGAAGCUAACUUGGGCUUCAGCUGAGCUGGGCUCUAGCAGCUCUUUGGAGACUAGUAUCCAGCUGUGUGGCCUCAUCCGGGCCUGUGCUGAGGCCCUGGGCAGCCUAAAGCAGCUGCAACAUUGAGACCUUCCAUCCCCUGACCCUCGGAGAAAAGCCCUCUAGAAAA